AUGCAAGUGUUUUACGUGGUCGCGCGCAUGAUCACGCUGAAUGCCAGCAACGCGAUCGGCUUCCCAGCAUUUGACGUAAAUAUGAACCUCUUGGGGUUUUACCAAGAGGGUCGCGAGAAUGCGACGACGGAAGUGGUGUUUGUGCCGGUGAGUGGAAUCCCGGCCAUUUCUCAAGGCGAAAUCGUGAAGACCCAGCGGCUGCUGCAGACGGAGAUGAAGAGCAACAGCUCUGCAGUGUACACGCUGGCGCGGUGCAACAACGAUCUGGUGAAGCUGAAGGAAGACGUGAUUCUCUUCCACUGGAACGCGAAGGAUCGAAUUAGUCCCAAGUGGUAG